AUGGCCCCCUUUCAAGGACUGGCCCGCGCCGCUCGGCCUGGCGUGCUUUUCGUGGUGCUUGCAUUGCUGCAAUGCAGCUUUGCCCAGGUCUGCACCUUCUGGGAUAGCGGAUGUAUCGACCCUCUUGCUCAAACAGCCGUUCCGAUAGAUUUCUCUCCGCUGUUCAUAGAUCCUGUGACCUUCUACUACGGGUUCGACUCAACCGCCUCAGGCAAAGGUGGAGGGCCAAGUACCAAAACAGGAUUUUGGCUUCGAUAUCAAGAUGGACGAGUAAAUCCGGACGCGAUCACAUCAAAUCGCACAUCGGAAAUUUCCCUCCAUCUCGGCAACUUCACUGGAACGCCGUCUGGGACCAAUAAUGGUUGCGAUGGAAUCUGGGGCACCCUUUGUUCUCUCGACAUCAAGAACGCCCUCAAGGGUUCUAUCUUUCACCUGUCUGCAUCAGGAAUCUAUUACUCGAAACCUCUCAAGGCAGCACUGACAAAUUUGAUGCUCAAUCCAUCUCGUCUGCCGAAUUGUGGUGCUCCGGUUUUUGAUGUUCCUUCCAUCCCCGUCCAAGGCUCUGGUAAUCGACCAUGGCAGGUGUGGUAUAUAGACAACAUGACUUCGCACAAGCAAGCCUCCCAAGUUGCUGUCGGUAUUCUUGCUCGUAGCCCAGUAUGGGGCAGCCCCCCACCACACACCCCAGAUGAAGUUCAAAUCGAACUUGUUUGUCUGCAAGCUCCCUCAGGACCACCGACUGGACCGUCUAAAGACCAUGAUUAA